UUGAACUUUGCAGGCACGUAGCAAGUCCAUUUGCUUGUUUUGCAGGUUCAGCUAUAUCAUGUGAGCUUGGCGUAGAUAGUUGGACGCGUAAGGAUUGUGUCAUGCCUGCUCUUGGAGUUAUUAGAAACAAAGAGUUUAUGGAGGAUUAUAAAUUGUUUACAUUGGCUGAUCGAAUAUUUACAAAGUCUGUAAUUCCCUUUAAAAAAGCGGCAUUAUCCAAAAAAGAAUAUGCAUUACUAAUAGCUAUUUUAUUUUCAAAAUCAACUAUUGAAGGUUUAUCAUACAAUGGAAGAGAGUUAUUAUACGAACAGUCUGUUAAAUACAUGAGAAUCUUACUUGAGUAUCAACAAAAUAAAUAUGGGGUAAUUGAGGGUGCUAGACGCUUGGAUGAAUGUAUUCGUUUAAUUAAUAUAUCUUUCCAAAUUGAUACAGCUUUUCGUGAAAUGCAUACAUAUCUGCAUUUUAAAGCUGAAAAUAAGUCUCAUGAUCUUAUUGAACGUUAUUUGGAUAAUACACUUUGA